GCCGCGUGAGGGCAGUAGAAAAUUGCGGUUUGAUUUUUUCUCCUCGGCCCGCCGCUACACGCCACGCCCACGCCACGCCAUCGUCGCCGCCUCCGCACCAACCGCCCUCCUCUACAUAACCGAUCCGAGAACCGCGCGGCCGCCCACGGUGGAGCGACUUGGACCGGCGCGUUGAGGGUCGGGGGCGUGGAAGCGGCAGAUGCGGGACGGCGGCGGCUCCGGCCGCGAAGGCGGGGAGGAGAAGGAGGCGGUGCGGGAGCGGGAGCGCGGGCCGCGGCCGGGGUGCGGGGGCGAGGCGGCGGGGCAGGCGGCGGCGGACUGCGCGGCGGUGUGCUGCUGCUGCCCCAUGGCGCUGCUGGAGCUGGUGCUGCUCGUCGCGGUCCGGCUGCCGGCCGACCUCGCGCGGCGGGCCAGGCAGAGGCGGCGGCGCCGGCGGCGCGGCGGCAGCGGGUCGGCGUCGCAGUCCGGGAGCACCAAGGCCAUGUUCGCGGCCGCGGACGCGCUGGAGGCGGACGAGGCGGAGGCCGGGGCGAGGCGCGAGGAGGAGGCGGCCGAGGCGGCGUCCGAGUUCGAGCGCGAGAUCAUGGCCUCCCGCCUCUACGGCGCCGGGUUCUGGCGCUCCAACUCCUCCCGCUCCAGCUCCCGCGCCUCCUCCGCGCGCCGGUAGCCGCGCUCGUCGACGGCCGAGUCGGCCAACAACAACAGCGACGUCGGCGUCCUCUCCUUCUCCGUCGAGUCGAGUGCGUGUGUUCCCUGUCGCGUUGCGUGCGCGUGGAAAGAUUUGCCCCGUCUCGUCGUCAGGUGUGUUAGGUUUAGACUAGUUUAGUUCGGCAUAUCCUGGUACAGCAAGCGAUCGCGCACACGUGCGUGCGAUCUUGGCCAUGGCGUGUCGCUGCUUUUAGGAUGGGAUGGAUUCGUGAUGGACCAGUGGAAUUGCUUGGCUUGGCACUCGUGGAAUUGGAAUUGGAAUUGGAAUUGCUUGCAUGGCA